AUGCAUGGGCGCGUCAUUGCGUUCGGCACGACGUCGGGCUACUUUCCAUCUGGGGACUCGAGCAACAGCGACGAGAAGAAGGACGAGGCCACGCUGAACAGUGUUCUAUCGCCGCUUAUCUCCAAGUGUGCCUCGAUCCGUGGGAUUAGCCUCACGGCGUACCCGGAACCUGUGGAGCGACUCCGCCCCAAAGUGCUGGAGAUGUUCAAGAGGGGAAAACUACGCUAUGGGAUGGACGACGUCAAGUUUGUUUGGCUGGACAGUAUCUCUGAUGCGCUGGAGUACGUAAUGGCGCGCAAGAACAUCAGAAAGGUAGCCGUCAAGAUCCAGGACUUGCCCUGA